AUGAGGGUCCAUGGAGGACCCAAGGGAUUUGAAAAGUUUAUGCUCAAACGUUGCUGGCGUGCGCGCGGUUAUGUUGAACGCGCGUUCGAACGUAUUCAAAAUGGAACGUACAUGUUACCCAAUCGAAACAAGUGCGGCGGAGAAAAUACCGCGCAAAUGGGAGAAGGUUCGCAUUCUAUGCAAAUUGACCAAAUUUUCGCACAAAUUGCAAAUGCAUCGAGGCAAGCUGGAAACGGGUCUGGCUCGGUUGCACAGGCUUCAAACGUUGCGCAACAAGUUGCAUACAGUUCCGUUUCAUUCGGACACGGUUCCGGGCAAAAUGCGCACGUGCCCGCUCAAGUUAUGCACGCUUCGAGAAAUGUUGCGCACGUUUACGGUCAAAUUGCGCACGGUUCUGGACAAGUUGCGCACGCUUCUAGAUUAGUUGCGCACGGUGUAGGCCAGGUUGGACACGCAUCGGCAUACGUUGCUCACGGUUCGGGACAGGUUGCGCACGGUGCUCGACAAGUUGGAAACGAAUCAUCUGGAAAUGCGAAUGGUUCGGUUGAUGUUGGCGAAAGCUCAAGGGAGUCAGCGCGCUCUGUGCCGUAUGUGUUCUCGUCAUCAAGCAACAGCAGUAUGGAAACCGAAUAA